UCUCCACUGAAGCGACGCGCACGCUUUUCUUCUCUGUUCGGCUCUCUUAUUCCCCAGUCGGCGCCGAAUUCCGCGAGAGGGCUAGGGUUUCUGAUCUUUCGUUCUUUUGCGCGCGGACGCGAGCAUGAGUUCGAAGGAAGGAGGCAAGGGGGGAAGGGGCAAGCCCAAGGCCACCAAGUCCGUCUCGAGGUCGCACAAGGCCGGCCUCCAGUUCCCCGUCGGCAGGAUCGCGCGGUUCCUCAAGGCCGGCAAGUACGCCGAGCGCGUCGGCGCCGGCGCUCCGGUUUACCUCUCCGCCGUUCUCGAGUACCUCGCCGCCGAGGUGCUGGAGCUAGCCGGGAAUGCGGCGAGGGACAACAAGAAGAACCGGAUCGUGCCGCGGCACAUCCAGCUGGCGGUGAGGAACGACGAGGAGCUGAGCAAGCUGUUGGGCUCGGUGACCAUCGCCAACGGCGGCGUGCUGCCCAACAUCCACCAGACGCUGCUGCCGAAGAAGACCGGGAAGGGCAAGGGCGAUAUCGGGUCCGCUUCUCAGGAAUUCUAGGGCUCCCGCCAUGUCCUCGCUCUCUUUCCUUUUUUUUUUUUUUUUUUUUUUUUUUUUGGGUUCUUCAAUCUUGGUGUAGGACUUGGGGCUUGAUCUUUGUAACAUACGCUUGC